UCGGACGAAGUCAUCUGGUCGGUGAUAAACCACUCUUUCUGCUCAUUUAAAAUCCGGCCCGGCAAAGGCCAGGACUUCUGCAGAAAUGAGUACAACGUCAGCGGCUUGUGCGACCGGGAAUCGUGCCCCUUGGCAAACGCCAAGUACGCCACGGUCAAGAACGUGGAGGGUAAGUUAUAUCUAUACAUGAAGACCGCCGAAAGAGCACACAUGCCUGCACAGCUCUGGGAGCGGGUCAAGUUGCUGAAAAACUACUCCAAGGCCAUGGAGCAGCUCGACCACCACUUGCAGUACUGGCUGAAAUUCUUGAUCAACAAGUGCAAGCAGAGAUUGACCAGAUUGACCCAGGUGGCCGUCACGGAAAGGAGACUUGCUUUGCGCGAGGAGGAGAGACACUACGUGGGCGUCAAGCCCAAGGUCAAGAGAAGAGAGGAGAACAGGGAGAGAAAGGCGUUGGCCGCGGCCAGAAUCGAAAAGGCCAUCGAGAAGGAGUUGUUGGACAGAUUGAAGAGUGGCGCCUAUGGCGACAAGCCUUUGAACGUGGACGAGAAGAUCUGGAAGAAGGUCUUGGGCAAGGUCGACGAGCAGGAGCACGAGGAGGAGUUUGACGAAGAUGACGACGUUGUUUUGGAGUCUGGAGACGAGGACGAUUUCGGCGAGGUCGAGUAUGUGGAGGACGACGCCGAGGACGAGUUGGUCGACAUGGAGGACUUGGAAAGAUGGUUGGGAGGUUCAAGCUCC